CGAAUCGUUGGUUCACUUAAAACUUCCGGUCGUCUGCCAAUUGUAAGCUGCAUUUUUCUUGAACUCCUAAAUUCUGUUUGUUCUUUGUCGUAAUUACUCCAUGAUCAACACUGCGUAAAAGACGAUUACUGGAAUGGAGGACACAUUCAAAUUAGAAAUGUCUGAUGGCUUGAAUCUUCAGUAUGGAGGAUCACCUGACAAAAGGCGAAAACGGAAAAUUGAUAGAGAGGGUUUCGUCUGCCCUGCUACCCCUGACAUUCCCCGUUCAUCCCGUCAUUUUAAGAAAGACUCUGAUGUGGAGGAAUCCUCAGACCAGUAUGAGGGUAUCCAUGGGGAUGAAAGUGGUUCCGACCUAAAGUGCGAGCUGCCCUCUGGGGACGGGGCGGCAUGUCAGGAGACAAUAACACAUAACAUACAAAGUAGCAAUAUGUCAGCAUUGUUCUCAGACUUGCACCGUCAGUUUGAAAAGACAAUAACUUCGUGGCAAAAAUUAUUUACACAGAGUGAGUCAUUUGAGCGUCAGUGUCCGGAGAAGCUUGACACCAUGAUACAGCGGGCACGUGAUCUAGAUGACAGCCUGCAGUCCCAGAAGGCCCUCCUGUGUAGACGCUUGCAUGGCAUAGGCCAAAUACUGCAGCAUUAGUGAGCACGUUCUCAUGGUAACCAUGGUAGCGGACCCUAGCAACCGGUCCUUGUGUCUGAUAAAGGGGAUCUGGUUUCGAAUUACAAUAUAUUAAUGUUAUUUUGACGUUCAGUGUGAGAAUGUAUAUUUCAAUUCAAAUCAUUACAUUUCCCUUCAAAUUGUACGGGCCUGUUAUUGAUUUAAAAAAGAAGUAAAAAUAUUAUUUGAUACAUGUUAUGUGUUUAUGUGAAGACAUGUAGUUAUUAUUGCAGUAGAGGUGUUUUAUUAUUAUGUUUCAACUACUUUGCUUUUUCACAAAGUGUUUUCUGUUUUAUAUAGCUGUAUUGGCGUCCUGUUUUAAUUUAUAAGAAGUCAAAUAAACCAUAUAUUGGUGCAA